CCUCCUUUCGGUCGCUCCCUUCUAAUCCCCCAAACAGAUUCCAACUACAACAGCUCACUGUUUUCUCCGAUAUUAUCCUAAAUUUUCCCGAGAACCAAAAAGGAAAGAAAGAUGAACUCCCCUAGCAACUCCAAAACCCCCAAAAUUUUCUCGCCAUUCAAACAAACCCCUCCUCUCCAAGACCUCCAGCAAGCCUUCUCGAACAUCCAUACCCACUGCUCUUCUCUCUUCCGACAAACUCACAAUCAGUUGAUGGACGCUUUUAACUCCACCUUUUCUCACUUUAAUCCGCCUUCUUUUUCUCCAAAAGGGCCGGUUUUUGCUCGAAUUGCUGAUUCUAGCAAGACCCAGAUUGCUUUGAGUAAAAAAAACGGUGCUGCCAUGCCGGCUGAGAAAUUAGAAGAGAGAUUGGCUGGGGUUCCGGUCUAUGCCUUGAGUAACUCAGAGGAGGAAUUCGUGUUGGUUUCGGGUGCUUCGACGAAAAAAUCACUUGGGUUGUUGUGUUUCAAGAAGGAGGACGCUGAGGCUCUUUUGGAACAGAUGAAGAGUAUGGAUCCUGGCAUGCGAAAAGGAGGUUCUAAAGUGGUUGCUGUUGCUCUCAACAAGGUUGUCCAGCUGCAGGUUGCUGGUGUGGCACUUAGGCUGGUACCAGAGUCCACUCAGAUCAAGAAUGCACUUAGAGAACGGGAAAGAGCUGGUUUCUCUAAUGAUAGCUUCCCCGGUGUUCCAGUUUUCCAGUCUAGGAGCUUGGUACUAAGAAGUCAAAAUAAGAGCUAUCGACCAGUUUUCUUUCGAAAGGAGGAUUUAGAGCAAUCACUUCUGAGAGCUUCCCGUGACCAGAAUCAAUUGAAUCCUGCUUUUAGACCUGGGGAUAUUCAGGUUGCUGUUUUUGAGGACAUAAUCAAGGGAAUGAAAGACACUUCUACGUCGAAUUGGGAUGAUGUUGUUUUCAUUCCUCCUGGUUUUGAUGUUUCAACCGAUCCCACCCAACUACAACAGUAGGCAACUAAAUGAGUCGAUGGUCUACUUGAUUAUGCUGGCACCGGCCUCCUUCAGCCGUGGAUAUGAGCUUUGACUGUUUGAGUGCUGACUGCUGAGUCCAUCUUCGUAGGUUCUUUUUUGAUGGUUUUUUUUUUCCGAAGUAAGAUGUAAUAUUUGUGUUAUGUUACUUAGUUGCAUAUGCUUUACCAUGUAGGUUGUAGGUUUCAAUCUGCUUAAAAAGGUCAGAGGUAGACGUGUCUAUGACUCGAAUUUAGUGGACCUAAAUAUAAAAUUUUGUUUGUUCAAGGUCAAAUGUGUAAUUUAGUAUUUAAAAGUUAUAUUGAUGUUUUAUGUUUAUAUA